CCUGUAAGUGGGGAUAUUUUGGUCACGCACGUGGGUUGCGUCAAACCUUUGUUUACAGUGACCAUGUGACCAACUAUAGGCCAAUCAGAACGAGGCAAGUGACCUUCUUGGAUAAAUCAAAAAAUGGCGCACAUGGAGUCUACCGAGCCGGGUGAAAUGAAGAAAGCAGAGCUACUCGUGCCUAGUAGCGUGGAAGGUGACGAAAUAGGAGAAGAAAUGAAGAAAAGCGGCUCUCGGUUUCAAGUGGCCCGUGUGGACUGUGUUAAUGAAACUAAAUUUGAAGAAUCACCAAAGGAUACAAGAAGCAAUGUGCAUGAUAAGGGACCGGAAUCUCCUUCAGCCACCUUCUCUCUCAGUGGCGAUUCCUUUCGGAGUUAUUCAGAUACCAAUAAUUUGAAAACUUUUGCAAUGAAUACUCAUGAGGCUCUGCCAUGUGUUGACCAUUACAGGAACAUACUGUCGGCGACAGGAGGAAUGAAAUCGCGACCGACACUCGCCCAGCUACACGAGGAAAUGGAUGAUGAAGAAAUGCGAGGUAGACACAAAGAUCCCCUCCUGGCCGGGGAGGAGAGAUUGGUCAGUGACAGUAACGUGGCAAUCUCCACUGACAAGAAGCCACAACAAGGGGCUUUGAAAUUUGGCUGGAUCAAAGGUGUCCUGGUGCGAUGUCUGCUAAAUAUCUGGGGUGUCAUGCUGUUCAUCCGCCUGUCGUGGGUGGUUGGCCAGGCUGGCAUGGGCCUCACUGCAGUCAUCAUCCUCCUGUCCGGCGUUGUCACCACACUUACUGCUCUAUCCAUGUCAGCCAUUUGUACAAAUGGAGAAGUAAAGGGAGGUGGUGCAUAUUAUAUGAUAUCCCGUAGUUUGGGAGCUGAGUUUGGUGGUGCUAUUGGCCUCAUCUUUUCAGUAGCCAACGCUGUAGCUAUUGCAAUGUAUGUAGUAGGCUUUGCAGAAACUGUUCGAGAUUUAUUAAAGAACAAUAAUGCCUUGAUGAUAGAUGAAACCAAUGAUAUCCGAAUAAUUGGGUUCAUCACGAUAUCUCUGCUCCUAGCCAUUGCUAUUAUUGGUAUGGACUGGGAAGCUAGGGCCCAGCUGGUAUUGUUAGCUGUCUUGGUGAUUGGGCUGGUCAAUUUUGUUGUUGGUUGUCUCAUCCCUCCGACAGAAACCAAGAAAGUCAAGGGAUUUGUGGGAUUUAAAACUGAUCUCUUUAUUGAGAACAUGCUUCCUGCAUUUGGGGAGGGGCAGGAGUUUUUCUCAGUGUUUUCUGUAUUCUUCCCGGCGGCCACUGGAAUUUUGGCUGGAGCCAACAUCUCUGGGGAUCUUAAGGAUGCCCAGACAGCAAUCCCAAAAGGAACCCUACUGUCCAUCCUCAUUUCCACCAUUGUGUAUCUGGGCGUGGCCUGGACCCUGGGGGGCUGCAUGCUGCGCGAUGCUGUCGGACCCCUCAACGUGGCAGUGGGUGCAACCACUGUUGUACAGCUUUCAAACGUCACAACUACAACGCUGGCGUCGGUGGUGAUGUCGGCGGCAAUGUCAGCGGCACAGCAAGCCCCAAACACGUCAACAAGUACUGUGUAUACGGUGGAUGUGAUACGAAACUGCUCUCUCGGCGAGAAUGGCGUAUGUGCUUAUGGGCUGAUGCAUGAUUAUCAGGCCAUGGAGAUGAUGUCAGGCUUUGGUCCACUUAUCACAGCUGGAAUCUUCUCGGCCACACUUUCCUCGGCAUUAGCGAGUCUUGUUUCCGCCCCUAAAGUCUUCCAGGCUGUUUGCAAAGAUGAAAUCUUCCCUAAAAUAAAGUUUUUUGCAAAAGGCUAUGGGAUUGAUGAUAGCCCAAGACGUGCCUACCUGCUGGCUUAUUUUAUAGGUUUAGGAUUUGUUUUUAUUGGUGACCUGAAUGCCAUAGCCCCUGUGAUAUCCAAUUUCUUUCUUAUGUCUUACACACUGAUCAACUAUUCCUGCUUCGAUGCCUCACUUGCCCGCUCACCAGGUUGGCGCCCAGCAUUCCGUUUCUACAACAAGUGGUGCAGCUUGCUGGGAGCUAUCAUCUGCCUGGCAGUCAUGUUCAUCAUCAACUGGUGGACUGCACUCAUCACAUUUGGAGUCAUCAGUGCCUUGUUUAUAUAUGUACACCACACAAAGCCAGAGGUGAACUGGGGGUCAUCGACACAAGCACAUGUGUACCGAAAUGCUCUGCAGUCUUCCCUUAAACUCAUAUCAGUUGAAGACCAUAUCAAAAACUUCAGACCACAGAUGCUUGUCUUGUCCGGUUUACCAGAGAAUCGACCAGCCCUAAUAGAUUUUGUUUCCCAUAUCAGCAAAAAAAUUAGUCUGAUGGUGUGUGCUAAUGUUAUAGUGGGUCAGCAGAGCGGUAACCUGAAGAAGCUCCUUAACACCAACGCUGCAUACAGCUGGCUGAGCAAGCGGAGAGUCAAGGCCUUCUACACUGCCACUACUGCCCCAUCGUUCCGCCACGGUGCCCAGUCUAUAAUGCAUACUGUUGGCGUUGGCAAGCUUCGACCUAAUACAUUAAUCAUGGGUUUCAAAUCUGAUUGGACAAAGUGUGAGCCAAGUGCUGUGGAGGAAUAUUUCAAGAUAAUACAUGAUGCCUUCGACCUGAAUUAUGGAGUGGGUCUGUUGAGGCUGCAGGAAGGCUUUGGUCUGGAUGUGGACAUGGAUGCAACAUUCAUGCCCGAUGGUUUGACAGAAGAUGAUGGCAUUCUCAGUUUCCCCCGUCGACCUCCAGAAAUAAGCGAUGACGACUUAACUCCGGAUGACACACCCCCUCACCGCCUCCACAGCAGCUAUGACAGGAUUGACAACAACACUCCCAUGCCUUCCAAGUCUACCAACCUGGUACCUGGGGACAUACAGAAUGGUCCUAGCAAAUCAAGGGAAAAGCUGAACAUUGAAGUCUUAAAAGGAAUUAAUAUGUUUAAGCGACACCCCAAGAAAGGGACCAUAGAUGUUUGGUGGUUGUUUGAUGAUGGUGGUCUGACGCUACUGAUUCCCUACAUCCUGACAACCAAGGCUCACUGGCGGGGCUGCAAACUGAGGGUCUUCACUGCAGGCACCAAGAAGGGCGACCUGGACAGGGAACAGAGACAGAUGGCCACCCUGUUGUCCAAGUUCCGCAUCGAGUGUAAGGACAUGACUGUGUUACCUGAUGUCAACAAGGCUCCUUGUGAAGAGAGUCAGAUGGAGUUCAAGAAUCUGGUGAGUGACUGGGUACUGGACACCAAGGCAGGAGAGACAGAGGAAAAGUUCCCUUGGAAAACCACACAGGAUGAGAUGGAGUUGCUCAAAGACAAGACAAAUCGCCACAUUCGACUUCGAGAGCUGAUGCAAGAAAAAUCACGAGAUGCAUCCCUGAUAGUCAUGACCCUGCCUAUGCCGAGAAAGGGCACCUGCUCUGCUGGGCUGUACAUGUCAUGGAUAGACACCCUCACAAGGGACAUGCCGCCUAUACUUCUACUUAGAGGCAAUCAAACCAGUGUUCUCACAUUCUACUCAUAGUACACAGCCUUACAGGGCCAUGGUAUUUACCUGACACAGGAACCUUUUUACAGCUGGUGACAAUGUAGGCCAAUGGAGCUACUAUAUGUGACAUUCACCAACCACAUCUCGGUCCAGUGGAACUUAUGCAGGAGUUUGGAUAUACACGACUUACACCAUCUAUGGAACAUGUGAUUAGGACUCUUGAGCCAAGGUUAUUACUGUAGUACUGAUGUUAUAUUUGUAUAUGGGAUAUAUGGAACCAAGCAUUUAUGGUAUUUAACACUAAAUUGUCAUGGCUGCUUGUAUACAUACAAGGAUUAUGCACUUAUUCAAAGUAGACAUUAAUCCAGUAAGUGCAAUAUAAUCUGGUUUGACUGUUUGCACAAGGGAUUCAAGUACAACAAGAGACAAAGUACAAGGAUCUCAAGUACAUCAAGGGCCUAAGUACAAGGAUCCUAUGUACAAGGCUUAAGUACAAGGCUCUCAAGUACAACAAGGGCCUAAGUACAAGGCUCUCAAGUACAAGGAUCUCAAGUACCACAAGGGCCUUAGUACAAGGCUCUCAAGUACAACAAGGGCCUUAGUACAAGGAUCUCAAGUACAACAGGGGCCUAAGUACAAGGAUCUCAAGUACAAGCAAGUUGUCAAAAGAUUUGUUACAAGUGACAAACCAGGAGGACUUGUCGGCCAGAGAUAUACAAUUGUUGAUAAUAUAGGCUGUUUGAUCCAACUAGGAGGGAGAUCUUAACAACGAUCCUAAGUACAAGGCUUAAGUACCAAGAGGGCCCAAGUACAAGGAUCUCAAGUACAACAAGGGCCUAAUUACAAGGCUCUCAAGAAGGGCCUAAAUACAAGGCUCUCAAGUACAACAAGGGCCUAAAUACAAGGCUCUCAAGUACCGCAAGGGCCUUAGUACAAGGCUCUCAAGUACAAGGGCCUUAGUACAAGGCUCUCAAGUACCACAGGGGCCUACGUACAAGGAUCUCAAGUACAUCAAGGGCCUUUGUACAAGGAUCUCAAGUACAAGGGCCUAAGUACAAGGCUUUCAAGAAGGGCCUAAAUACAAGGCUCUCAAGUACCACAAGGGUCUUAGUACAAGGCUCUCAAGUACAACAAGGGCCUAAGUACAAGGCUCUCAAGUACCACAAGGGCCUUAGUACAAGGCUCUCAAGUACAACAAGGGCCUAAGUACAAGGCUCUCAAGUACAACAAGGGCCUAAGUACAAGGAUCUCAAGUACAAGCAAGUUGUCAAAAGAUUUGUUACAAGUGACAAACCAGGAGGACUUGUCGGCCAGAGAUAUACAAUUGUUGAUAAUAUAGGCUGUUUUUUCCAACUAGAAGGGAGAUCCUUGGAAUCCUACAACUUGAUGCUUUCAGAUCUAUUUUGUUUGAAAACCUGUCUAGGAAUCAAGUUACAUUAUGGUUUAUUGUAACAAAAGCAAUUAAACAGCUGGGGGCGAAUCUCAUUUACAGCAAGUAGACUGUAGGUUUGUUUAUUUUUAGAAUACUCCAUUAAAUAUUCUUAUACAUGUACUGUUCAGCAUUUUAGUCAAUGAAUCUCAUGACAUCCUAUUUGGAAGUGUGCUUAUAGUUAUGAUUGACAAGAUAGCAUUUAUAGUGCUUCGGUUGACUUGGACCAACCCAUGUGUUUUUUGGAGGGAAAAGACGUCAUUGCAUAUUGUUGUGUUUAGAAAGAAGCAUAAUAAAAAAAAAAUUGAGAAGAAAAUGAUCUGAUUAUUAUGACAAGUGUAUUGAAAUGACCCAUUUACAAUGUGAAACAAAAAAAGACCAAUGAUCAUUAUCUUAAAUUCGUAUUCAAAUGAGACAAAAUGUUUUAUGGUAAAAUAUGUUGUAUUUAUUAUUCAUAUGAUGCAAACUAGCAUGGACCAAAAGAAACAACAUGUUGAUGCAUAAAAAAACACCUGAAAAACACAAGAUGAUGGUGCAAACUAUGAAAUCCACAUGCCAAAAAUAUAUUUAGAAACAUGUAGAUGUAUAAAACAUAUUGUAGAUGUGACAAUACAAGGGGUGCACAUUAUAAUCCAUAUGUAACUUUAGGGUUACAGUAUCUAUAUAUCAAAGGGAAAAGCAUUUCAAUAUAUUAUUUCCUCAUACUGUCUUCAUGAGUCAAAGGGAGUACAUUAAUGAUUCACUACAAGACAUGUCUGUUCAACCAAAAUCUGUAACAUGAUGUGUCUGUUGAAGUAGACUUAAACCUCAGACUUUUUGAAAAUCAAUAGCUUCCAGGUCUAUUUUAAAUUAGUUGUCAAGAAAACGCGCAAUGUCAAUCCGUAUGCAAGAAAUAAAAUCAUUUAACCAAUUUUGUUUCAACCUUCAACACAGUCAGUAUGUAGAGCCUUCUUUUAUGGACUUUUCAGACAUUGUUGACUUUGGAUUUUCCUUAAUAGGCACCGUUGCAUGAAACAGCCCUUUUAAGUUAAGCCUAAAAAAAAAAUAGUAUUGGUUCUCAGGCACCGCCGCAUCAUUAUAAAGUUCGCGCACGUUUAGUUUUUAUUUCCAGUAUUUGAAAAAACCCACAAGAAUCCUUAAAUAUUCCAAGUCCAAUAGUAGUCAAAUACUGUAUUCCAGUAUUUUACUCAUCAAGGAAAUCAUUUAUGUGGGAGGCCCUCUCCCAGGUUGAUUGUACAAGACUGUUUAUUUGGUUACACCACUGUUUAUUUGGUUACACCACUGUUUAUUUGGUAACACCACUGUUUAUUUGGUUACAUACUAGUUUGAACACCGCACACACGCUCUGUUUUCAAAAGUCAUUGCCUGAGAACCAAUUCUUUUAUUCUUUUAAGGCUAAUGUAUUGGACCAUUCUAUAUGAUACAGGUGUAUUGUUGGGCCACUAAGCUAAUGUAUUGUACCAUUCUAUAUGAUACAGGUGUAUUGUUGGGCCACUAAGACUAUCUGCAUACCAAAUGAUGUGAUGAACAUAAUGUUUGUAAUAAGAACAUGAACAAUGCCUGUGGGUAUCAGAUCUGUACAUAGACAUAUAGUACUGCACUGAUUUGAUUACUAUUUUAUUUAUUCAUUCUCAAGGAAGGUGUUGGUGAUGCUAAGUUUGUGUGACUGAGAUGACUUGCUGGAAGUAGGUGGUGUGGCCAUCAACGAGUGCUUGUGUAUGUAGGAUGCUGCCAUGCAUGUCAUGGAGACAUUCACUCAGUGUAUGACUGCAUUUUGAAAACGGUUGUGUUGAUCCAUCAUUUCAACAGAAAUAUGGGUUUGCUUUUGUGUUUUAUCUUAUUUUCUAAACAUUGUACAUAGAAAAAUAUUUAAUUGAAACGUGAAGUUUGUGUAAGAUUAUUUCUCUCUCUGUGUUGUCAGUUUUUGUGCCUUGUUUUAAUUAAUGUUUUACAAAAUAUGUCAGGAGUUGAUCUUUUGGCUCAAAAUUUAGAUUAUCUUUUUCAUUCCAACUGAUUUAAUUGUUUUAAACAAAAUUAAGGGUUAUCAGUUUAAGUUGAUGGAAUGGUCUCCUUUAAUAUGAUUUUGGAAUUUGUAUUAUUGACCAACAUCAUUAUGCCAAGUUAUACUUUGUGCUGAAACCAGUGCUAACAAGCUGUUUGUAUUGAACCAUAUUUCUUCCAUCAUUAGAGAUUUCCAUCGAUAAGAAUUGUUCUUCAUGAUUUUAGAGUCUUUGAAUACCCUUAUAACAAAAUCCAUGUUAGCAGAGGACAAAAGUUCGCAACUCGGAGACUUUUAUGAUUUCUCCAAACUUGAGGAAAUUAUUGAAUAAAUAAAGAAGAUGCAAGUAAUGAUAAUGUAUCUUCCCUGUGUUUAUGUUCAAAACAAGAAUACUUGUUGAUCAUCCUUGUGCUGGAUGUUUGUGGUGAUCGGCAAUCUUGUACUGAGUUAAUUUUAGAAUGAUUUUAAAUUGACUUUUCUGUUUAGGUUGAGUCCCAUAUCAUUAGGUAUCCGAUCAUUCGUUGACAUUAUGGUUGUAUUUAUGGCAUGAUAAAUCAUGAUGGCUCGUGGUGAAAUGUGUUUGGUAAUAUUAAUGAGGGAUUGUUUGGAAAUUGGUAUCGGGACGCAGGUUAUAGAGUUUAUAGUAAAUGGGGUCCAAUGUUAAGUUGUUAUAUUGUUGUUUAAAGAUGUUAUUAUUUUGUGUGGUUUACAUUUACAUAGAGGUCUUGAUUGUAUUGAACUAUCACAACACGAAGACAGGUACGUCUUUUUGUGUUUGAUUUGUGAAUAUUAGUAGACGACUUCGUUUUAUCAUAGGUCAGAAUGAAGUGUGGUGCUAGUUCUUUACACAUUCUCUCCAUUAGAUACAAGAUGCUGCAUAGGAUAAGUAAUCUACCUUAUAAUUAGGAACGUUAUUUUUAUAGCAAUAUCAUAACUUGUCAACCGAGUAUUCACUAACUGUUUUCCCCUUAACCUUCUCUAAAAAUAGAAAGGCAAAUUUGAUCUUGAUACUCCUUACAGGACCUCAUGAUUUCAAUAGUUACUAGACCGAGAAAUGAUAAUCCUUCAAUUGAUGAAUAUAAUAAGCGAUAAAUGUGCAAUAAGGUUACAUUCAGAAAAGCUGCCUUUGGCAUGUCAAGUAAUGUGGAAUAUUGGUAGUGUAAAGCUGGUUCACAAUGUUAUUUCCUUUGUUGUGGUACCAUUGCUAGAUGCAAGUGGUAAAGGGUUUACUUUCUAUCUUAAAAAAUAAUCACAAAUCAUAGUGCUUAGGGUCCAGUUUGUUUCAAGCACCACACAUGUGAUUGGGUUUCACUGUAUGAUGUCUAAUUUCAGAAUGCAAGACUUUCAUUGUGGAAGUAGUGUGUCAUUGUGACGAGGGUUAACCUGCCAUGGUGGAUUGUCUUUCAUUUUAACAUAUGCAACACAUCAUGUAUAAAUGUUAUAUACAUCAUGUUCCAUAGAUAACUAUGUCUACAUCAAUCACGGCCAUGUAUUUAUAUUUCAAAUAUUCCAUACUUGCGAUAAUAUAUUGCUCUUAUUUGAGGUUGCCUGUUUUUGUUCUUGCUACGUGAUAUGUUCCAUAUCAGCUUUUGCUUUAAAGAAUCAGGGUUAUGUAUUCCAGGAUCACCUUCGGCAGUCUCACCAAGGGUGGGUGGUAUGGCCAGGGUCCAAGUACUGUUCCUAUCUAUAAGCACUGCAUGAGGUCCAUUUACAAAAUGUAGUAAACACAACAAGCAUUUGUGCGCAGAAAGGUAUGCAGACCUGCUUGUCGUUUUCAUCAGACCUAUUAACAUCUACAUUAUCAGUGUUCGAAAUACCUGCCUGCCUGACCGUCCGAGACGGGUUGAUUUCAACUCGGGCUGCCAGAUUUUCAAAUCCCCCUGCCCGACAGUCGGGUUGUAUUUCAUAUGUGACGAUAUUCUAAAUAUUUCCCGAUGAUUAUCCCCCGCCGCGCGAAAGCGCGAAGCGGGGGAUAUAGUAUUCACGACCAUCCGUACGUACGUCCGUACGUCCGUACGUCCGUACGUCCGUCGAUAAUCAUUAAUUCACAUGUAAAGAUGAAUGAUAAAAUGUAACCAAAAAGAAAACCCGUUAGCUUAUCCUGAGAAACAUAAGUUAUAGUGGGCAGGCAGGUUUUCGUCAGGGCUGGCAAGUAUUUCAGCUAGCCAGUCCUGUGGUCUGGCUGAAAUUUUUGGGAGUUUCAUACCCUGACAUUAUAAACGUUAAUACUUUUAUUUCCCCACAAACUGGGCUGUGUUAGGAAAUAUUGAAAUUGAAGAAACUUGUUAUAUUUUCUAAUUGAUCUUGCAAAACUAGAGUCAUUCUGACAACCCUUAUGAAAAUAAAUAUAAAGUCUAAUUUCUCUUCUCAUAUUGAUCUUUUUAUAUUGUAUUUCAUCAUGGAAAUUGAUUCAGAGGCAAGAGGAAAAGAUUAUGAGAAGUCAUGGGUUGGUGAAUCUGUAAGCCAGGUAAAAAUGCUGUCAUCUUUAUGAAUUAUUAACACUGAAUUAAUUGCAUUUAUGCAACUUCAUAACUAUCUUAUCCGAUUUCCCCCAAAUCUGUUUGUAAUUAUGGUUUAGGUGAAAGAGGAAUACAUGACCUUGUUUCGGAAAGUGGUCACUUUGUCAAACAUUUUACAUCUUGUUAAUUAUUUACCCGUUUUGUUGUCCACUUGGUUUAUACUUAUACACUGUCUUUUGUGCAAAGGUCUUUUUCUGGUGCUCAGCUGUUGAUCAAAUUAUCCUGUCAGUUUUGGUGUCUUGUGUUUCUAAUGCAGUCCUAACUACCAUAUUCGACCUAUGUAUUCUGCAUACUGUAUGUAAGUUGUAAGGCAAGGGAUACUUGUGACCUCAUCAGCACAUUUAUUAACAUCUAUUUCAGAUUCAUAUCUCAUCAUGACUUAAAGGACAAGGUAUAAUAAAGGCAUGUUUUGGCCCACUAGGAAUGUCAAAUACUGAAGCAAGAACUUUCAUAUAUUGUUAUAAAUAUGAGCGGACAAGUUCAUGUGAGCCUUUUUGUACUCGAAACAUGAGAUGGCACAGAAGUACAUUCGUGGCUUUAGUAGGAUAUAUAUAUCUGAUAUUUUUAAAAUUUCACCAUGUUGUUCUGUCUUAACCUUCAUCACCUAAGACACACAAUAGUUAAGACUUACCGUAUUCGACAUAAUAAGCGCCCAGGGCGCUCUCAAAAUUAGAAAUAGGGGGCUCUUAUUAGAAUGUUAUUUUGAUGAAAAACAACGGAGUUCAAAGAGCGUAAAUUUCGUGGUUUAUGCUGAAAUGUUUAUAAACGACAGAUAUAUUUUUCCAGAAUUUAAUUGCCCAUAAUUAAGGGUGCAUAUAACAAACGUAUUAUGAACGAAUAAAUAGCCUUGUGUACAUUUAUCAAUCAGAAGGGGUGCUAAUUGGGAUAUUUCACUAGCCAGUAUAUUAGCAAAUAUCGCCGUGGGCGCUUAUUAGAGCGGGGCGCUUAUUACGGUAUUCAUUUUUAAAUACCCCGGUAUUUGUAACAGGUUUCUGGAAACAUCAACCUUUUUGACACAUUUUAUCUUCAUGUUAUAGAGUUUGGGUUAUAAAAAUCCACAACAGAAGUUUUGAAAUAAACAAAGUCUAAUUUUUACUUGAAUUGAAGUGUCUUAUAACUUUCAUAACUGUUACUAUAACAAAUGCUCGGUUUAUUCAGAUCUGCAGGCCAAAUAUGGUUCUUAUCAUACCUUCCUCUGCCUUUGCAAUUGGGGUUCUCUUCAGGAUGGCAAGAUUCUAAAUUGGUCAAAUAUGGUACAUUAUUUGCAUUUAGACAGGUAGAAACUGUUCAAGAGCAUUUGAUAAGACAUUGUUUACCCCCUAUGAAACAAGAAAAACAUGUCAUACUUAGUUUGGUGAAUCAGAAUUUGUAACCUCGAGCUGAAGCGCUCGGUUCCAAAUUAAAAUAUGAAGUAUGUACUCUACAGUGGGACUACAUCAAAUUUCAAAACACACUAGGUUUAUCUCCUAAUUGUGCCACAUUUAUUCCUGCAAUUCAUGUCAUAUAUUGGUAGUGCUGUUUGCUUUAGCAACUUGCUUAUCUCCACUGUCUCAAUUAGUAGCCACAGCUGCAAAGUUCACAUAUUUUCUCAUGUCUCAACUCCCAUUCCUAACAGUGUCAGAAGCAUUUCUGUUCUGCUUCUCAUAUCAUGCAUGCCCAGCCGAGCAGAAACACUUUAUACAUAUGGUGAUAUAUUACAUGAUGUUUUUUGUUUAAUGUUUAUUUUUCUUUAUUAAAGCGAGACUAUACCCAAUGUUUGGGCCCCUUUUAAAAGGAAGGCUUAGACCUUGUAAUAUGUUUCAUUUGUGAAAUUGGGACAUUGUCAUUUUGUUUUAAAAAAAAUCUGUGGAUGACUAAUUAUUGCCUGAUAGUCAAGGGCAUGGUUAACUCAUAUCUGGCGAUAGGUUAAUUUACCCAGACCGCUUCUCCUUUAAGCUGCAUGACACUCAUUUUUAUCACUGUCAUAUUCCAGCAAGUUAAUUAAUAAUCAAGAAUAUUGUCCUCAAAUUCUUAUAAAGAUCCUUUGUGAUAUAAGGAUGAGAAUUGGUUUCUUAAGACUUUACUGUGUUUGUGGUGAGGGGGAAUUUGCUGCUUGCGGUUCCUGAGAACCAGACAAUGUCUGCCAUAGAAAAGAACUCUAGUCCAGUGAGGUUUGGACCUUACCUAUGCAAUACUUCUACAGAGUCUCUUACCAACAAUGCAGCGUUAUGAAUAGUGUUUGUGCUACCAGGAUUGAUCACCUUAGAGUUAUUGUCUUGAGAUACGGAACUAGGUUCUGAGAGUCUGUAUUAUUUAGAUAACUGAAGUCAGAUGGGCAUGAUAUUGUCUUCUAGAUGUAUUCUUGAUGAAUGGCACAUCCUAAUGGAUGACACCUGCUCUUCAUGCAACAGCCAAACCUACCUUCGUAUUGUUAACUGUAUUAUUCAAUUAGUUUGUUUAGAUAUAACUCAAAUUCCCUUAAUAGCCAUUAGAUUAGUGGCAUGACCUUGUGAGUUAGUUAAUAUUUAAUCACUUCAGCAAUCUCUUCAGCUACAUUGUGAUAAAGUCAUGGGCUUGUAGCAAGCUUUUUUGUUCUUUGAAGAUCUUUUGAUUUCAUCACUUCUCUUUAAGGUACAUUUAAUUUACAAUAUUAGUGAAUAGUUAAAAAGAAAAGAAAAUUGUAUUAGAAACUUUGCAUCACUUUGAAGGAAAUGUUGCCAUUUUUCAGCAUACAAAAUGUUUCAAGAUCUCACUUUACUCCUGCUUUGAAAGACUUUCAUAAUGGUGACAGACAUUUAUCAUAGUCAAUAUCGAUCAUGCAAUUAUGCUUUGCACAUGUAAAUUAGUCCUGUACAUAAUGUAAUUAGCAAUAUGUCCUCACAGAUAGACUAUUUUGUGAUACUGGAUGACACUGCAGCAGUCUGUUCUGUAACAUACAUUCAACAUGUACAUUAUGAGAUUGGUCACUCUUCUACUCCUGUUGUCAUAUGCUGUUGAACUACCGAUUGUUUUUGUUAUGACACUUUUUGUGUAUCAGCCAGUUAGGCACACCCUAGCUUGCCUUGCCAUCUCCAUGAAUACCAGUGAUCUGAUGCCGGAGGUUCGUGGUCAGAUUCUCAGUUACAGUUAUCUGUUACAAGUUCAGUCAUCCGUACCAUGCUAUGAGUGGUUUCUUCAUAGACUCUGAAUGAUUAAUUUUCAUCCGUUUCAUUAAUUUGUUAGAAUUAUUCACUGCUACUUUGAAAAUGCAAUUUUGAUCAUAGCUUGUAAUUUUGAAUAAUCUAGGACUUUGAGUUUGGAAAAACUCAAAUAAUAAUGAUGUACCUGUAACAAGGUAUAUAAUAUAAUAUAUCAUAUAUUUCAGAGCAGCCUUUCAUUCCUUAAGGAAUGGACAGUUUGUUUUGGAAGGGAACAUAUAAAGAAUUGUCAUUUCAUGUGCUUGUUGCACAAGGACAGUAUGUUGAGUUUCAGCAUAGAUAAGAUUUAAUAUUUCUCUGAUAUUGUCUGUGUGAAACCAUUCAAAUUUUGGUUAUUUGAAAGUGCAAUUUUUUCAGAGUGUAAAAUUGCUUCCAGCAUAAAUAGGUUUCCUUCAUAAUUGGCCUGAUCUUCCGUAACAGUUCACCAACAGAGAUAAUGUCACAUCACGUUCAUGAGGGUUCUGGUAUUUUCAUUUGAGUUCUAUCUUUACCUUCAGGAAAUGACAGAAAUUUCUAAUUUAUUUAUUAAUUUAUUAGAAAGUGAAUUGAAAAUUAUAGACAUGGAAGAUUAUUUAUUUGGGAAACUUCUCCAGCGUCUCAGCCCAUGCCCCCUCUGAAGGUGAAAUGACCCGUGCCUGGGCGCCAUUGUACAAAACAACCUCAGCGCUACGACUGUCGUAAGUCUAUGUUAAGGUAUGGGAGUUAUGACCACCUUAGCGCAAAGAUUGCUCUGUACAACUGCACCCAGAUGUGUUGUGCAACAAGGUGAGGGAAUGUCCAGUUGUAUGUCAACUAUCCAGGUGAUGGUUAUGUACAUGUUAUCUGUGUUUACUGCUUUGACACAACGGUGUUGACAUCUUAGUGCAAUCUGUUACCGCUUACCAAGUUAUGCCCCCAGCAGUGGGUUGUUGACAAUAUACUGCAACUGGUUCUCAAACAGGGUGAAUGUACGACUCACAACUACAAAUCUGCAAUAAAGUUUAAACAAGUACCUGGUGUUCUGUCAAUCUCUUGCCUGUGUGAAAUAAUAUCAAUUUAAGCACUAAAUAUCUGAAAGCAACAGGUUUAUUCCUGUAAGGUGUACAUUAUGCAUUCAAUAUUCGCGUAUGUACAGGUACUGUAAAAAACUACAUACAGCAUUAUUUACUUUUCACAACUCAAAUGACUAAUAUAAAGCAAGGCAUAGCAAAGAGUAGUCAUACCAACAAUGGCAACUUAACAGAAUUAACUUAUGUAUUACUGUAAUCAUUGAGUCCCUGCUUACAUAGGCCAAUAGUGUGCGGGGACCUAAUCUAACCCCAAAAGAUGGUCUUGUGGAUAGCGUCUGCCUGGAGAGCAGAAGGUCUGUGGUUCGAUUGCCGGCUGUUUCAUA